ACGCAGCAUGUUCUGUCGUUCCCAUAAAACACUGCGGCCAUCGACGUGCAAGCUCAGAAAUCAAAGGAAUCGUUGACCGGCUGAACAGAGCGUAGUUGAACUAAUUCCACAAAAAUAAGCCCAAUAUAUAUUGAUGAGGAUUUCAUAACACAGCAAGGUAUCUUACAAUUAGAAUUUUUGUUAUUUCUCCUCAAAUUAUAAACCUGGACCCAGUAUGUGUCAUCGGAUUGAUGAUGUUAUGAAGCUGUGUUGUGAGUUAUCUGCCAAUCAGCAAAUCCAGACCACGGUGAAAGGCUCAGGGAAGGGAGCAGCAGCAGCUGGAGGACUGGCCUUUGCUGGAGGGUUGAUCGGGGGUCCUCUUGGAAUUGCAGUGGGCGGUGCCGUUGGAGGCCUUCUAGGCUGCUGGCUGACCAGUGGACAAUUCAAACCGCUGCCUCAGAUCAUAAUGGAGCUGAGUCUUCAGCAGCGGCAGAAGCUUUACGAUGACCUCAUGGUCAUCCUGGGAGACAUUCAAUGGACGGAUGUGGUCCAGCUAACUGCUCUGGUGAUGGGCAACUCCGCCCUGAAGCAGCGGAUGACAGCCGCUCUUCUCGGGUAUAUCCACAAGGAGCUCCAGGCCGAGGUGCACUAUGUAGAUUAGUGUCUGUGGGAACACUGGAAAACAUGACUCGGAGGCAUAAGGGCUCAGGAGGAUGGAGUCUUUGAAAAUAAUGUGAACUGAUUUUUUUUUUUUUUUUUUUAAUGAAGCUGGAGAGACUCUUUAUUAAAUGUGAAAUCACAUAUUGUAACAUUAUACUGACACAGUCACAGUCCUGGUAACAUAGGUGAAAAUGGAGGUUAGAACAUUUUUGUGAAUUAAACCAGCUGUAUAUCUGGUUUAACAUAUUAAAGGAAGUGCACUUAUCAGUUGAAGGAAUUAUUUAUUCAUUAAGCCUUUAAUGACGCUGAUGAUCAUGUCUGACUUUAAAAGCUACUCUAAAUUAAGACCUGACUGCAGCUACAGCGAAGCACUUUUCUCAAAAGGUACAGUCUACUGACAUACUUAAAUGCAGAGGAUUAUGCUUAUUAUGUACCAAGUCAGCACUGACUGCACAGUGUGAAAUAUUUUGAUUUGAAUUUGUAAAGUUUUAGUGUAGGAAUUUACCAGCAUUUGUGUACAGUAUAUUUUAUUGUCAUCACUGAGUCAAUUCAAACUAUUAAAUACUUUUAAUUCUUUCAUCAAUAAAAGAAAGAUUGUGGAUUUCACUGGCUCAUGCAGUUACCUAGCACACUGUAAAAGAGACACCCUUUGCUCAAGCCAUUACUGGUAUAAAAUUGUCAGCUUGUCCAUUUGGUGCUAAGCCAUUUAAAUGGAAAUAUGGUUCUUAAAAAAAAAAAA